CCAAUCUGUGUUUAGAUCUUUAUCUGACAGGUUGUGUUCUGAAAACAAUUAAACUAUUUACACCUCUUAUCGAUUAACAAUUAUGACCUCGCUUUUGAGCCUGAAUGUGGUCAUAUUUCCGCUAUAUAUAACACUGAAAUGGAGAACAGCACGUCUAUAGAAUAAAUAUUUUCCGCGAUGAUAAAACGUAGUUCAAAAAUCCUAACCUUGCUUUAUUUCCUUCUGUCGCUCGGCCCUGUAUAUGGAGAACUCUAUGAAUUUAUUUUGGACAACGAUGAAGUUUUCGAUAAAUGCCCCGGCAUGCCGGACAACAAUGGCAUACACGAUUUAUUCGAUAUGACAAAUAUCACAAUGGUGUACCGUGAGGGACGUGUUUACAUCAGCGGAAAUAGUGCCUGCAAAUGGGAGGGAGUGGAACCAACUGAUCGGAUUACGAGCAGGGGAGAAUUGUUAAAAUUCCAACAAGGUGACUGGCAGCCUACGCCAAUCUCAGCAUCCACCGAUGACUUUUGUGCCAUACAGUUUGUCCCCACCUCGCUGACAUAUCCGGUGUGGGGUCGUCACAUAAAUCCAGAGGAUCGCAAAUGUGUCAAUAAUUUUGGUCAAAUCUAUCAUUACCGGCCAUUUGCUUUCAAUACCAAGUACAUGUUCUCCCACAACAUGGAGGGCCGUCAUAAAAUUGUUGUGACAACUGCGGCAUAUGACACCUCGAAUCGAAAACGCCCAAAAGAACGUUGUGUCCAGAUUUUUGGGGAAUUUGUAAAAGUGAAUUAAUUAAAAUUCGUGGUGAUUAUUAGGAAUUAAAUAAAAACGGUAAAAAAUGCAAGAAGUUCUGUUUGGAAGCCCUCAAUGCAUAAAUUUGCAUCAAAAAUUCUUGAUUUAGGUCUAAGAUGUUUUGAAUGAAUAAUUCACCUUUAAACUCAUAAUCUACGGUCUAGCAUUGACCUCUAGUGCCAACAGUUAUUACUACAACAUAAACUAAGGCUACCCCACCUAGCGGAAAAAGAAGAAACUACAGAAACGCGUCACAACACAUUUGACCGGCAUCGAUCUGAGUAUAAACCGCCGUCAGAAUAUAAAAGGAGAUGCCAUGCCAACACCAGAGUUGAGCAAUCUUGUUCACGA